CUUCCCAGGAUGAUGUCAGGCCAUGCCAUGGCUGUCCUGCACUCAUGUGACGAUGAUGCAAUGUGCUCCCCAACCCUGGUCUCUUCCUCAGCAUAGCAUGGAGCUGGCUGGCUCAGCCGUCAUUGCGUUUGGAUUAUGGUUUCGGUUCGGAGGCCCCAUAAAGGAUCUAUCUUCAGAGGACAAGUCCCCAGAGUAUUUCUAUGUAGGGCUCUAUGUGUUGGUUGGAGCUGGAGCCCUGAUGAUGGCUGUGGGAUUUUUCGGGUGCUGUGGAGCCAUGCGUGAGUCACAGUGUGUGCUCGGAUCAUUUUUUACCUGUCUGCUGGUGAUAUUUGCUGCGGAAGUAACCACUGGAGUGUUUGCUUUUAUAGGCAAGGAUGUAGCUAUACGACAUGUACAGACCAUGUAUGAGGAGGCAUACAGCGAUUACCUUAAAGACAGGGGAAGGGGAAAUGGCACUCUCAUUACCUUCCACUCAGCAUUUCAGUGCUGUGGGAAAGAAAGUUCUGAACAAGUUCAGCCGACCUGUCCAAAGGAGCUUCCCGACCACAAGAAUUGUAUCGACACAAUUGAAACCAUAAUUAGUGUUAAGCUCCAGCUCAUUGGAAUCGUUGGUAUUGGAAUUGCCGGUCUCACGAUUUUUGGCAUGAUCUUCAGCAUGGUGCUUUGCUGUGCAAUAAGAAACUCACGAGAUGUGAUUUGAAGAUACUUCAUCAUGAAAAUUGCAAUCGAGAGUUUUCAUGCUAAAUGUCACAAGAGCGAUCUCAGCUCAUUUUUAAUAUUCAGGAUAUUAGAAGCUAAAAUAAUUUGCUGUUAACUGUAUAUUUGCACAUGUAUGUAUGUCUGACUCAUUACUGAUUUUCCCCUUGAGUGAAUGUCAUGUGUGGUCUGUGUGUUUCUGGUAUAUGCAUUGCACAUACUGAUAUCUGUUCCCUAGGAAUCCCUAGUUCUUGUAUGCAGGGAGAAUAACCUAUUGCAGUUCCAGGGAAAAAAGGCGAUCAAGCUUUAAAAUACUUACAAAACCUGGCUAUUUAGGAAAUGUGAUAAUGGGUCCAUUUCUCAGAUUUUAGCCAUGAAAGUUAGAUACAUAAAGAGAAUGCAGAAUUUCUUAUUAAUGGAAGCAAUAAGCUAUGAGAAUUGAGGGGUCACAGAGCAAUGUCAAGAUUUGACUGUGUCUGAGUUGAGUGUAAAGGUUUCUUGGAGUACAUAAUAUAUACAUAUAUUUUCCCAGAAUACAGUAAACCACAGUUUCAGAGCUAAAAGUAAAUAUAGCAUGGAAAAUCCAAUUUGAAAACAUCAUGCUUCCUUAGUAUUUAAAAGCAGAAAACCUCUCUCUGGAAAGAGAAGUUACAUAGACAAGCUUGUGCCCCAUAAAAGUGGGUGCUCUUAGAACUAAAAAUAACCACUUUCAAGGGGGGAAUGUUGCUAUACAAAGACAUGUAGCUGUUGCUUUACCCCUCUUCUUUCCUGACUCUGCUUUGAAUGCUGGAAGCCUCACCUUCCCAAAAGGGCUUUUAUCUCGCACUCCUCUCCAGUGCUUCUCCAGAUGCUGUGACAGACAGCAAGAGCUCUGCAGUGUGACGGUGGGAGAACCCUCCUGGCACUGCACCUUUGGAAUACCUCAUAACUUGAGUUUACAUGUUUUCUUAAUUUUUUUGCAUUUUUCUAAUUUUCCACGUAGAGAAUUCUUUAUAAAUUAAGAAUACAGUUUUCAUCCUUUAAAAUAAAUAAAUCCCCUGUAACUCAGAUAUUAUGUUAUGAGUACCUUGGCCAAAACAAGAUAAACACCUUAUCCAAGAUGUGUGCACACAACAAAGGCAAGUUAAUGAAUCAAGAAUGCUUUUAUGCAUACAGCUACAGAUCAUUUUUUUUUUUCAGAAAAUCCCUAUGGAUUUUCUGAAAUGUGCAGGUUCUUUGGGGACCUGAGUGGUUAAUUUUAAGUGGGAAAACCCAGCCACUUCUCAACCUUUUGGCUGCAAGUGGGGAAUCAACAGUAGGGAUCUAAAUUGGCAUGUUUGUCAUGAUUCAACAACUUGCUAAAGAACAUAAAUUACAGAUUUUUAGCAUUGCAUCUGGCCACACAAAAGUGAAGGUGUGAGGGCUUUGUAAACUCUAAGAGGAGCCUCUGUGCCCACUAGGAAUUUUGAGUUUGUGUUAAAGUGUUGUACUUCAAGAAACCGUUACAAAGUAUUUUGCUGAAAACACACAUCUGCUCAAAUGGUCUCGACAACUGAGCACCGGCUACUUUUCUCUUUCCGCCAUUCUUGCUACUGCUACUAGCUUUAGAGAAAAAUGUGAGGGAGUUACAAGCUUAAUUAACUGUGUGUGACUACUUUACCUAAGCAAAAGAUUAUUUUUUAAAAAAUCACUUCAUGAUUUUUGACCCCAGGAGUUGACAAAUGCAACCUUUUAAGCAAAGAGGUCAAUCUUUCUUAUACCAUUAGUUUCUAAAUCUACCUGAAGACAGAAAACAGGCUGAAGCAUGUACUCAGGUUACUCCAGCUCAGAAUUUUUUCCCUGCUCUGCAGAAGUGAGUUUCAUUCUCUAUCUGAAUGAACAACUUUAAAGAAAACUACAGUAACUAUAAGCAGAAGAAUAGAAAUAAUUUUUUACCGCAGAGGAAUAAGUCUAGAAAUCUGUGUCAUGUGUGAUUAGUGUACCUCUUUGUGGGUUAAGCUUUCCAAAGAAUGUGCGGAGUAAAAAUAGAGAAUUCCAUCUCUGAGUAAAGAUGGAUAUAUAUCUUUAUGUGAAUAGAUAAAGCUAUAUCUAUAGAGAUAUAUAAUCCCUAUGUCUGGAAUCUAUACAUAUCUUAAAUACAUAUCUCUAGAGGAUUUAUACAUAUGUAAUUUUAAUACAUGUGUACCUGUAUGAAAUUAUGGAGAUAAAUGUUUGUAUGUAUACACAUGCACAUGUGUAUACAUUUUCAGUUAUUUCUGUAUACCUGAACUAAUUUGAAAUCAAACCCAAACAUUUUAAGUUAUUUCAAAUUAAAUUUUCUAUGUACUUAC